GUCGGGGGCGGAGACCUUGCAGCAAAACCCUCUGCCAGCCUUUGCACUGGAAUCAACAUCAUCGUCGUCACAAUACAAAUUCGCAGCCUUUGAAGAGAACCUUCCGCCGGGACGUGUCUCAUGGCCGCGCCGGGUUCAAGUUCGGCCUCUCAUCCGUUUCCCUCCUGACGCUGGAAGAAGCCCGCGGGGAUCGAUCUGCCUGGCUCUGGUGGCCAGUGCGGACCGCGGCGUGACCAGCGGGCCAAGAGCCUGGGCGUUUGUUUCUCUGUCUCCUUUCCUCUCCGAGCUGAACAAGGAAUCCAGCUCAGCACAGGCCCCAUUUUCUGCUGCCAGGCCUGGAGGAUGAAGACUGAAGAGGCACCUUCUUGUCUCCAGCAGGCCACACCAGUCCUGGGCUAUGGCUCAGAAUCCAAAAUGCGGGAGGUUUGUGCCGGCUGCAACACCCCAAUCUCUGACCGCUUCCUGUUGAGGGUGAACGAGCGUUCCUGGCACGAAGGCUGUGUGAAGUGCACUGCUUGCCUGCAACCUCUCUCGGGCACAUGCUACUGUCGUAACAGGCAGCUGUACUGCAAGCAUGACUACGAAAAGCUCUUCCAGACCAAGUGCAGUGGUUGCCUCAAAGCCAUUGCUCCUUCAGAGUUCAUCAUGCGGGUGCUGGAGAAUGUCUACCACGUCCACUGCUUCUCCUGUUGCGAGUGCGAGCGGCGGCUACAGCGUGGUGAUGAGUUUGUACUCAAAGAAGGCCAGCUGCUUUGCCGCAGUGACUAUGAGAAGGAGAGGGAAAUGCUGAGUGCCAUCAGCCCUGCUCCCACUGAGUCAGUGAAGAGUGAGGAUGAGGAUGGAAGCCACCCACAUGGCAAAGGUGGCGAGGAAGGCAAGGACCACAAGCGCUCCAAACGCCCACGCACCAUUCUCACCACACAGCAGCGGCGAGCAUUCAAGGCCUCCUUUGAAGUCUCCUCCAAACCCUGCCGGAAGGUAAGGGAGACAUUGGCCGCUGAAACUGGCCUGACUGUUCGGGUGGUGCAGGUCUGGUUCCAGAAUCAAAGGGCCAAGGAGGGGGAUUCUGUCCUCCCUUCCGCCUUUUGUUGCACCCCUGCCCAGGAGCAUCCAUCCUCCUCCUUGCAGAUGAAGAAGAUUGCACGCAGGCAGCAGCAACAGCAGCAACAACAGCAAGAACAAGAGCAGCUGGGAAACCCCCGUCUGGGGACAGGGAGGGGAAACGGCCGUAGCAGCCGGCAGAGCAAUGAAGACAGUGAAGAUGGCGCCAGCGUGCAUGGGAUGGAGGGGCUCAUGGUGCCCUACUCCAGGAUUGCCCAGCAGCAGCUGCUUCCUCUGGAUCAAAACAGCUACAGCACAGACUUGUAUCGGCAAGGACUCACACCACCCCAGCUGCCAGGAGACCAUCUUCACCCAUAUGAUUCGGAAGGCGUCUUCCAUGACAUGGACAGCGACACCAUCGGCCAUUUGGGUGACUGCCUGCUUUCGGCAGCAGAGGCCAACCUCCUGCAGACCCGAGUGGGCAACCCCAUUGACCGGCUCUACUCCAUGCAAAGCUCCUACUUCACCUCCUGACCAUGGGGACAUCCCUGGCUCUUCCGCCUGAUAUUGCCGCUCUGGGCUUAGAAGCCGGGGGGACUUCAUGGAGCAGCAAAACCGAUCUGUUUGGAAGACCUCUUGUGACCCUGCAGAGCAAAUAAGGCAUGGGAAGCUGUCGGGCAUUUUGAGUGCGAAUUCCUGGGUGCCGACCAUUUGAGUCUUGGAGGACUUUGCUACACUGCCUCUCCCCUCCCUUCACCGAGCAUCCUAUAGAGGGACUACUAUUUCACAUUGUGUUGCUGUAAUUGUAGCUGUGUGUUUGGUGUUAAAAAUUGUAGGGCAUUAACGCUAGGUUGGCACAGCAUCAGUGAAGACAGGAGGUCAGACAGAUCUUGCUUGGGCUGGUGGUAAGGGCAAGGCUUCCAGUGUUACUUUCCAUUAUAUAUCUCCAGCUUAUUGUUCCUGGUUACAUUACGCUGGCUUUGGCAGAACUCAGGGGCAAACUACACAUUGAGCCGGGUCUCACGAUCAGUGAGACCCGGUUUGGAAGGGUGAGCGGGGAGAACGGGCUAAGCCUGCUCUUCCUGCACACGAGCAGAGUGGGAGCCCUGGGUGGCCGCAUCGGCCGCCCACAUGAUUGCCAGCUCUGUGACGGAGCCGGCGGGGGCUGGGAAGCUCGGGGGCCACGUGGCCCCCGGAAGCUCCAGUAUGCCCUGUGCGAGCAGGCAGGGCAUACUGGGGAGACCCCCGGAGCCGGGAGGCGGCUUUUCGCCUCCCCUCCGGGGGUCUGCUCGUAAGUAACGGUGGCGUGGAGCCACGCCGCGGCUAUUCACGAUCUUUAAAACCAGGUUUACAGAGCGCUCACUCUGCAAACCUGGUUUUCGGGCAGGGGUAGUUAGGCGGGUUACCCGCCCAGGAACCACCGGGCUCGCAGCCGAGCCCGGUGGUUUACACAAUGGGGCAAAAUUGGGCUAGCCUCCAGUCCACUAGCCCGAUUUCGCCCCAUCGUGUGAAUAGCCUCAUUAUGUUAAAUGCAUAGUCUGGCCCUGCAUGUUCCUUUAAAAAAAAAUUAAAAAGUGGUGGGGAGGCGAUCAGGAUGUGGGGCACAAGGAGGUGAGAUUUAACCCUUUCCUACUGUGCUGCAAUCCCAAUGAAAAUCACACCUUCAAAGCUGCUAUUAGUCCUAGAAGGGAAGCUUCCAUUACCCCCUAGUACUAGCUUUUGGGACAUGGUAUUCAUCAUAGCAGGAAAGCAUUGAAGGCCCCUUUCCUGCAUACCACAGCCAGGAUCAGUCCUGACUCCCCACAUCUGGAGCUGCUGUUUCAAAACUCCACUCACAAGGCCAAAUUAUACAUCUAUCAUAAUAUAUGGCUUGGCUCUCAGCUCAGUAGGAUUUAAAAUGUAGCCACACUUUUUCAAGAAGCUGGUACAUAAAGAAGAGCAAUGGCCAAUGGGCACCAGUGGAAGCUUUUCUUUAGGGGGCAAAUAGCAGCCGUGGGGACCCUGAUCCAGGCUGGAAUCGCAGGAAGGGAAGAAUUAAUGUCCCCUCCCACCCUCCGCUGGGGUGCUGAUCCAGACUGACACUCCGCCCGCCUCCCAGCACAUGCAAUUUGUGUUAGAAAAAAUCAAGCACAUAGGCCCUAAUCACACACAGAGAUGUAUUGUCUUGUUUGACUAUAGGGUACAUUUUAGGGAUAUGCACGGACUGGUCCGGAGGCCAUUAUAGAGGCCUCUGAACCGGUUCGAAAUUGGUCUGGUCCGCCGGCGGUGGGGUGUCUCCCUUUAAGGGUGGGUGGGGGGUUGCACUUACCCCUCCUGCCGCUUACCCCCCU